AUGCAUACCGUGUAUCCACUACCAUUCAAUCCUGCGUCCCUCAGCACGGUCUUAUGAUCAGCUGUGUCCAAUCACAGCUGAUCGCAUGUAAAUAGGGAAAUGCCAGUUAUCAGCAUUUCUCUCCUCAUGAGCUGUCACACUGACAGCUCGAGAGGAGAGCCGGUAAUCAGCAUUCCUUGGAGGGGACAUGUACACUAAUCAUCAGGGCACUGAUGAUCAGUGUAGCCCCAGCAGUGCCACCUGUCAGUGCCCAUCAAUGCCAACUGUCAGUGCUCAUCAAUGCCAGCUGCUAGUGCCCAUCAGUGCCUCAUUAAUGCCACAUAUCAGUGCCUACCAGUGCACAUCAAUGCCACAUAACAGUGCCCAUCUGAGCUGCCUUUUAGUGUCACCUAUCAGUGCCAGACAUCAGUGCCUCCUAUCAGUGCCAGCCAGUGCUGCCUAUCAGUGCCAGUCAGUGCCACCUAUCAGUGCGCAUCAG